UGGCAUGGUAAAUGGUGGUGGCAAUGUCACUACCUCAAGCAAUAAUUUAAUCUCGGGAAAUGCAAUUCAGCUGCCGGGUGAAAAUUCUGCUUUGGGUUCUGUAGGUACAAAUUCGUUAACAUUGGAACCCACUGCAGCCUCUUCUACCCAGGAGCAGGCCAAUAGUAGUUCAUUUCUUAACCAAAACACAAACAACAAUAGCAACUCUAAUUUAAGUAACAACAAUAACAACAACAACGAUAGCACCACUAUAUUCGAUGACAGCUCAUCACGCUACCUGAUUGCAGCGAAUCCACUGCUGGCGGAAAAGUUGAUGUCAAAAAGUUUAAUACUCAAUAAAACCGAUAAAACGAUAGCAGAUUUCAAAGGUAAAUAUUUUGCCCAAAUUCAUUUGAUUGUAUCUAUAAGAAUUGGAACAUCUGACAUAAGGUACUUAAUAUUACAAAACAAAAUUAUUUCGUAAAAAUUGUAUCAAUUAUAAAAGUUGCAAACGUGAC